AGUUUCCUAUCCCAAGGUACGUCCAUGCAAGAUAUUGCAUGGAAUUAUUAUGUUGGUAAGACCACCGUUCACUGCAUAAUAAAAGAAACUUGCCAAGUCCUUUGGGAACGACUUCAACCUAUUUAUUUAUCGACUCCAUCAAAAAACGAUUUUGAGAGAACUGCUGCCGGUUUUUCCAGGUUGUGGAAUAUGCCCAACUGCAUUGGUGCUGUGAAUGGGAAGCACGUAGUUAUUCAAAGUCCCAAACAUUCUGGAUCACAGUUUUUUAGUUACAAAAAAACCUUCAGUAUUGUCCUGAUGGCAAGUUGCGAUGCUCAGUAUAAGUUUAAUAUGGUGGACAUAGGGGCUGCCGGAUCUAACCAUGAUGGCAUGGUAUUUAGAGAAUCUGGAUUUGGUAGUGCGCUACUUGAACAACGUCUUCAACUACCAAAUCCAAAGGUGCUACCAGGAAGCAGCAUUCUGCUACCCCACUUUUUGGUGGCAGAUCAGGCGUUCCCACUGCACCAGAACAUAAUGAGGCCUUAUCCCGGAGAACAUUUGGUAGAAAAAAAAAGGAUUUUCAAUUAUAGAUUAUCAAGGGCACGACGGUGCAUAGAAAAUGCAUUCGGGAUUGUGGCACAACGGUGGAGAGUGUUGAGAAAAACUAUUAUCGCAGACCUCAGCACUUGUGAAGAAAUUGUGAAAGCAACUGUGGUUCUACACAAUUUUAUACUUACAGAAGAAAAUGGCAAAAAAGUAUAUCUACCAAAUGGUUAUGCCGAUUACAUAGAUGGCGAAGGGACUCUCCACGAAGGUCGUUGGAGAGGUACUGGACAACACUUAACAGGCAUUGGAAGGAUUGGCACCAACAACUUUUCUCACAGAGUUGGUGCAAAUAGAGAUUUGCUAGCGGAUUAUUUUGUGUCCGAUGCUGGAAGUGUACCAUGGCAAAUCCAACAAAUAUAUGCAGGCAGCUUACCGCAUUGA